CAUUUUGUCGUUUGCUAUCAGUCGAACUGCGUUUAUAUAAAUUUUAAUUACGUGUGCUCUCCGUCGAACGGAGCUUUAUCAAUUUAAUAGUCAUUGUUGGAAGCCGCCUUCUGCGCCAGUGUGUGUAAAGGCACUUUCGACGAAACAAUCCUAUUUGUUGCAAGAAUUAUUUUCUAUUCGUCUCACAAUAUUAUUUGAACCAUGAAGGUCAUCAUUCUAGCUGUCUCCUGCCUGCUGGCUGUCUCCGGCGCCCUCGCAGCCGACACCUGCUACCAGGAUGUCUCCCUGGACUGCGGACAGGCCUCCAACAGCCUUGCCUUUAGACGAAAUUCGCUUCCGAGAUGUAACGCGGUGUAUGGCGAAUACGGGAGACAUGGCAACGUCGCAACGGAGCUCCAGGCUUACGCCAAUUUGCAUCUAGAGAGAUCUUAUGAAUACCUCCUGUCUGCUGCCUACUUCAACAAUUAUCAGACCAACAGGGCUGGGUUCAGCAAGCUGUUCAAGAAACUCUCUGAUGAAGCUUGGGAGAAGACCAUUGAUAUCAUCAAGCAUGUUACCAUGAGGGGUGACGAAAUGAACUUCGACCAGCGUAGCACCAUGAAGGUAGAACGCAAGAACUACACAGUGGAGCUUCAUGAGCUGGAGGCCUUGGCUAAGGCUCUGGACACCCAGAAGGAGAUCGCUGAACGCGCCUUCUACAUCCAUCGUGAGGCUACCAGGAACAGCCAGCACUUGCAUGACCCUGAGGUCGCUCAGUACCUCGAGGAGGAGUUCAUUGAAGACCAGUCCAAGAAGAUCAGAGAGCUUGCAGGUCACACCACAGACCUCAAGAAGUUCAUCACAUCCAACCACGGACAAGACCUGUCUCUUGCCCUGUACCUCUUCGACGAAUACUUGCAGAAGGUCGCCUAAACAGGCUAAAAUAUAAAUAAAUAUAAUUAUAACCUUUGUUUCACUCUCAAAAACAUGUAUUCUAUUGUAAACAGUCACAAAUUAAAAAUAAAAUUGGUAAAGAGUUCCCUUACAGGAAUAACGCUUAAACACCUUUGCGUACAAACUUGAAUAAAAAAAUCAAACUGUCAAAAUGACAGGACGCCAUUUUGGAUAAAAAGUAAAGGGUGAAACAUACAUACUCCACUAACGUAAAAUAAAUAUUGUACUGUAUCUUUUUUUAUAAUUUAAACUAUCAUUUGUACAAAUAUUAGGCUGUUAUAAUGUGAUUAUCUUUCAAUUAAGUUUACCCCAUUUAUAUUGUAAGCGAUAUAUAUGUAAAGUUGUAUCCGCAACGAAUGUAGAUUAUACGCAAUAUUCAGUUAUUUUCAAAUAAAACAUUAAUUAAAAAACCUCA